GUCAAAGUUACAGUUUAGACGAGUUAUAUAAUACAGUGUUGUUAUUGUUGUUGUUGUCAUACAUUUAAUACAUAGUAAUAGUAGUAAUAGUUAUACAGUAUUACAGUAUAGCCUGUUAUCACACAUUCAAAACCGAUUGAUCGGUUGGCCGGAAAAUUUGGUCGGAAAUUUGUGCGGACACAUACCCAGUCAAGCGGUUAGUGUUCCGGAUAACCGAUACUACAAGUGAUCACACAAACGGGUUAACCACUGGCCACUAGUGACCGACCGAUUUCGACGUAUGGUUUUAUGCAUAAACGCAAACACCCGAAGACCGACGGAAAUAUCAAACGUACCGAUCGAUUGGUCAGCAGUCAGUACAUCCAUUUAUCAUCCGAUUAUUGGUGGCCGAAGAAAUUGUAGUCCAGUUUAUAGUCGCGCAUAUCAUUGGCCGGCGUCGGAGGCCAACAGCGGCGACGACAACGACGACAACAACAACAACAACGAUGAGUAUGUCAUCGCAUCAGACGUCGACUUAUCAUUCGUCGGACAACAAUAGCUACGGCGGCGGCGAUCAUAAUGACUAUCUAAUGUCGUCCUCAUCGGCCACUGGUGGCGGCGGUGGCGGUUCAAUGUCCCACUCGUGGAGCGAUACAAAUCUGAUGUCAAUGGGCAGUGGCGGCGGCGGCGGUGGAUCGUCAUCGCCGCGCACCGGUAUGUCAUCGAUACUGGCCGGCAGUAUUGGUGGUACUGCGGGAUCGUCUGCCACCAAAUACGAAGACCUCAAACAAAUGCUCGAAUCCAAUAAAGAUGGCCUUAAGUUGGAAGCAAUGAAACGUUUGAUCGGAAUGGUAGCCAAAGGUCGAUCGCCGGAUUCGGCUCGCGAACUGUUUGCACCGGUAGUCAAAAAUGUUGUCACCAAAAAUGCCGAACUCAAAAAACUAGUGUAUCUGUAUUUGAGUCGUUAUGCCGAACAGGAACAGGAUCUGGCGUUGCUAUCGAUUGCAACAUUUCAACGAUCGCUAAAAGAUCCGAAUCCACUGAUCAGGGCAUCGGCCAUACGAGUCCUGUCAUCGAUACGGGUGCCGAUUAUUGCACCGAUUAUGCUGAUAGCCAUCCGCGACUGUAGUAACGAUAUGUCACCCUAUGUACGCAAGACUGCCUGUCACGCAAUACCGAAACUCUGGUCACUGGAGCCGGACUUGAAAAACGAAAUCGUCGACAUCAUUGAACGUUUGUUGAACGAUCGGACAGCGCUUGUGUUGGGUUCGGCAGUGGCCGCUUUCGAAGAGGUUUGCGCCGACCGAAUCGAUUUGAUUCAUCAGAAUUACCGAAAGUUUUGUUCGCUUCUGGUCGACGUCGACGAAUGGGGACAAAUAAUUUUGAUCAAUAUGUUGAUCCGCUACUCGCGGACACAGUUUUUAGAUCCCAAUCCUCCCCGGCCAACAACAGCGACCACCAAAGCUUCCGCCGCCGCUGCCGCCGACAUUCCCGUAUUAGAUGCCGAUCAUAGGCUACUGUUGCGUAGCGCCAAACCAUUGCUCCAGAGCCGCAAUUCGGGUGUCGUACUGGCCGUCAUUCAACUGUAUCUAUCGUUGUCGCCACAGAACGAGUUAAACUCACUGAUUGUCAAACCGUUGAUCCGGUUAUUGCAUUCGCAUCGCGAAAUACAGUUAGUUGUGCUCAAGAAUAUUGUUACGCUGACCACCACCACUGUUGCGGUCACUCCAGUGGUCGCUAAUGGCGGCGGCGACGACGGCAAAGAUAAGGCAUCACUGAAUCAAAAUGAUUUGACCAAUAAAUGUGACACAGAAUUGAUGGACAAAGAAAAUACUGAUGCAAUCAAUCAAACGGAAACUAAGAAGACUAAAGAUAGCGAUGAAGACGAGGAAGAGGAAGAAGAAGACGAGGAAGACUUCUUGAAAUUUGACACAACAGGCGGCGGUAGAACUGGUUAUUCUUCAUCGGAUAGAUCUAUCAGACAACUGUUUGAGCCAUACUUGAAGUCAUUCUUUAUAAAAGCCAAAGACUCCACUCAAUCGAAGAUUUUAAAGUUAGAAAUACUGACCAAUCUAUCGAAUUCGGUAAACAUUUCGCUAAUUUUACGCGAAUUUCAAGCUUACAUAAUGAACUAUCAGGAAGACCUAGAGUUUAUGGCGGCCACCAUCCAGGCUAUCGGUCAUAUAGCGGCCCGAAUUGCCGAAAUUGCACCCAUUUGUCUCAACGGACUCAUACGGCUGCUGUCCAACCGAAACGAAUCCAUUGUUUCCCAUAGUAUUGUCGUUAUUCGUACACAAAUUAUCAACAAAGAAGAAUCAAUUAUAUCGGCUAUAAUCAAACAAGUGGUUCGACUGAUGGACAAGAUUACGACACCGCAGGCCAGAGCAACCAUCGUAUGGAUUUUGGCCGAAUUUUGUCCGGUCAACGACCGGGCCGCCCGUUACGCACCCGAUGUUCUAAGAAAAUUGGCCAAAACUUUCUGCCAGGAAGCCGACACCGUUAAACUACAGUCACUGAAUCUGGCCGGCAAACUGAUGAUCACACAGGACACAUCGGAUCGGAUCAAAUUGUUGGUCAACUUUUUGUUCAAUUUGGCCAAAUAUGACCUCAACUAUGAUGUACGCGAUAGGGGACGCUUUUUGCGUCAAUUGCUCAACGAACCCGAACUGGCCAAACGUAUACUACUGGUACCCAAACAGGUACCCGAUGUGGGCAAACAUAGUUCGGGCGGCGGCGGCGGCGGCGGCGUCGGCGGUGUUGGAAGUUCUGAUAGUAGCCGCCAGUUUCGAAUCGGAACAAUGUCUCACUUUUUGGCCAAAAAAGCGACCGAUUAUGAAGAGCUACCCGAUUGGCCACUGGAACAGCCGGAUCCUAAUGUCAGACAACGCAAAGAGGUCUAUACGGAACCAGAGUUGACCUCAACGUUCGCAAAAGUCAGCAUCAAAGACCAAACAGCCGGCGGCGCCGGAGGUCAACGCAAGUCAGGAUCGGUUAAGAAGUUGUUGAAAGAGAAGUCGUUCUAUUCGAGUGAAGAGUCAGAUGAUUCGGAAUCAGAUGAAGUGACCGAUGAUGAUGAGGACGACGACGAAGAGGUGACCGAUGAGGAUAUGAGUGAUGAAGAAGAAGACGAAGAGAUUACUGAUGAGGAAGACGACGAAGAAUUGGAGGAAAGCGAUGACGAAGAAGAGAGCGAAGAGGAUGAGGAGGGAUCUGAUGACGAAUCGGAAGGCGGCGACGAUAGUGAAGAGGAAGAAGGAUUGGUUGGCCAACAACAGGUCGUCAGACCAAACAAACCGAAUCCAACAACAAAACAAUCAUCAGUUAAUGUCUGACCACUCGAUUAAAUUGGAUUUUUUUUUUAAAUAAAAAACAUUCAAUUGACAAUUAUUGUUGGAAACUCCUAUUUUUUUGUGGGGGCGGAAAGGUAUGUGUCUGUCUGGGCCAUUGGUAUG